AUGGGUAACAACCACGCCAGCCUGGACGACAUCCUGGCCGAGGACAUGCACCACUGGUACAACAAGUUCAUGAAAGAGUCUCCAUCAGGUCUGAUAACACUCUUUGAGCUGAAGGCCAUCCUCGGACUGCAGGGCAUGAAUGAGGACGCCAACAGUUACGUGGACCAAGUCUUCUUCACAUUUGACAUGGAUGGGGAUGGAUAUAUAGAUUUUGUGGAGUACAUUGCUGCCAUCAGCCUGAUGCUCAAAGGAGAAAUCAACCAAAAACUAAAGUGGUACUUCAAACUUUUUGACCAAGACGGCAAUGGAAAAAUUGACAAGGAUGAACUGGAGACAAUAUUCACGGCCAUACAGGACAUCACACGAAACCAUGACAUCAUGCCAGAGGAAGUGGUUGCACUCAUAUUUGAAAAAAUUGAUGUCAAUGGAGAAGGUGAACUGACUCUUGAAGAGUUCAUUGAAGGAGCCAAAGGACACCCUGACAUUAUGGAGAUACUGAGGAAAAUGAUGGACCUGACUCCAGUCCUAGUUAUCAUAGUUGAAGGACGACAGAAACCAAACAAUUGCAAAUAA